AUGUCUUUCCUUCAUGGAGUUUUACAUAACAUUAAGCCUAAAUUAGGCUUACAUAAAGAGUCUAUAAAAAAUGCAAUUGAGUCUCUUAAGCUUCAUAAAAACUCUGGCAAAGAAGGUUUUAAUGAAGCGAUUGGCAAGGUGGUCCAGGGGGUGAGGGAGUAUAAUGAGGGUGUGAAGGAGUCGAACAAAAAGGUGAGUGAUGUUAUUGAGACGUUUACUGGGCAAAUGGAAAAGAUUCCUGCAGCCGUUGAGAAUUUUACUAAUUAUAAUCAUAUCCCGCAAAUUGAUGAGAAGGUUUAUGACUGUCUCCAGCAGGCUGAGAAGUACAAGCAGGGAAUGGAAGACGAAGUAAAUAAUAUUGGGGAUCUUCAAAAGGAUCUGCAGACUAAGAUCAAUAUGAAAACUGCAAUAAUUGCAUAUCAGGCUGCGGAAUUGAAAAAGAUCCACUCAAGGCAGAAAGAGGAUUUGAGAUCAUUCACCGGCGUGGUUCAUAAGCAGCUGAAUGAUGCGAAAGAACAGAUAAAUCUGACAACCUCGGAGAGAAUUAGGGCGUUUGUUAGUGAAGUUAAUAGGCAGAUUGGGCUUCUUAAACAUGGGAUAGAGAAUGUUAAUAACACAUUGAAGAAGUAUGUUGAACUGUUGUUAAAGUGGAUCGAAAAAGCUGAUGCAGCUUUGGGUAAGUCUAUGCAGAAAGUAAGUGAGAUCAUUAAGGAAGCAAGUGGAACAUCGGAGAAGCAGCAUAAGCAAAAUUUACUUAAAGCUGUUAACGAAUUAAAGGAGAAGGGUUUGGCGUUGUAUAAGGCAUAUGAGUUGGCGACAUUUAAGCUACGCCCAUUGAUGGAAAAUGUUAGCACUGCCGUCAAGGGAUUGGAUCAGAAAGUGCAGGAGGAUUUGAAGACAUUGAAAAAGGCCAUCGAUUUGGAAAUUGGGAAGUAUGCUGACUGGGCGAAAGCAGAGAUUAGGCAGUUGAAAGAGAAGGCUCUUGAUCAGACUUCUGGUGGUGGUGAAGAAAGUAUCCAACAUAAUUGGGGAUAUCUCAAACGGACAAUUACGAGCCUUGUCGGUAACAUUUAUGGUAAGGCAGGCGAUUCAAAUUAUAAAGGUCUUCAAGGGAUCGUCGACGCAGUAGGGGAGUAUGCUGCGGAGUUUGGCAAUGGUCAACUUGAAAAUGUAGUAAAAGAGUGGGUUGGAAAGAUAUUGGAUAAGGAUGUAGUGGUAAAAUAUAGGCUGGGAGAGUUUGUUAAGGACAACAAUACGUAUUUCCAAAAACCGACGUAUAAAGAUAAGAACGAUCCGACAUUGUUACAAAACCCAAUUAAAGACGCGAUUAAAGAUGCGCUUACAAGUGAAAUCGCCGACGCCGUUAGAACUUUUGCUGGAUCACGCGGUGAAAAGAUUGAUAAAAAUCUCAAUACUGUACAGAGUGUUUGCGAGAAGUUUGCGGACGCGCUUGAAGCAAAAAUUAAGGACGGAGAAACAAAACUUAUAGCACUAAUCCGUUUCUCUCUGCUGUUGUCUCGUCGAUUGAGAAAGAACUCAAUGCCGAUGCGUCCAAUUCCAGUUAUGGCAAUCAUUAUCUCAUAUCGGCUCUCCGCUGCCGCGGAACUUAACAAAUUUAGCUCAAUGUCCAAAAUCGGCAAAAACGUUACUGAAGCCAUGAGCAAAGUUGAUGACAUCAAGAGGCAAUUUGACGGCAAGACAGAGGGGUAUGGGAAGAAGAUACGUGACGCGUUGACUACCUUGAUGGAACCCAUUGAGGAGCUCGACAACACUCUAUCCAGUGACGUUAUCGGGAGCUACAUUGACAACGCUAUCUCACCGUAUUUUAAAAAGGUAAUGAUAGAUCACGUUAAUGAUAGUGGCCCAAUUGACAAUGCCAUAAAAGCGGUUAGUGCGCAAGCCCUGCAACCCAUUACAGACGCCGUUAGAGAAAGCAAGGCAAGUAAGGGCAAUAUGACAGCCAAACAUUCGGAAGCCGUGCGACACCUCAACUCUCUGUGUAACACAAUUUUAACAGCGGCCAGAGAUGAUGAAGAUGAAGGCCUAAACAAAAAACUAAUUCAACUGCAACAAUUGAUCGAUGAAGAUGAAUGUACCAUUAAACAAGAGCAGCAGAUGGGUUUGAGAAAGAUUAAAGAUGAUCUUAAUACGCUUCGAAAUGAUUAUUUACAACCUCUAAUUCAACAAACCCAAGACAUGGCUGACCAUGCCUCUGAGAAAAGUGAGCAAAUGAUCCGCGAACUUUCCGAGCACGUCGGCCUAAAAAUCAAAACAGCAGAAACCGCCGUCACCCAGGAUGUUCAAACAAAAUACGUCGGUUUUAUGAGGUCCCAACUUAACGCCUUUGUUAUAAAAAUAAGCGAUGAAUUAGGAAGCCUAACUAACGACAUCGCCAAAGACGCCGAUAAGGACUUCAAAGGUUUCAUGCAACUACUACGUCGGACGCUGGAAUCUAGUCCAUUAGGUAGCCAGUUGGAUGAAAAUUCUGCUCUCCUCGACACAUCCUUUAAACUGAAGCAUUUCUUCUCAGAUAUACUGGAUGCUUUGAACAAUAAUAAGGACAUUAUUACGAAGUCCACUAAAAUCGAGCAGCUACAAAAAACACUUGACACACUUUUUACCGAUCUGUCGAAAUAUAAUACAAAAUUUGAAAAGGAUCUCACCGCAUUAAAAUCGCUACUAAACAGACUCCGUCCGUCGUCGUACGACGAGGAGCGCAAUCCGUUGUUGCACAUCCUUACUAAAGGCGUUCAAGGUUUGCACGAUGAACUUGAUAAAGCCUAUAUAUCGGUAUACGACGGUGACACUGUUGAGUGGGAUUAUGACAAAAAUCCUGAAAAGGAAAAAUGCGCCAACGUCAUUCUCACUACGAUUUCCGUCCUCUUCGAGGAGUUAUAUUAUUUAUUCUUCCAGUGUUCAGCGGACUGGAUAGCUCACGCCAUACAAAGAGGCCAAGGCAGAGCGAACGGUGCUUUAAGAAAAUAUUUAGAGGAUCAAGGCUUUGAGACUGCCAGCCUCAUUACCAGACGCAACCAAGGUGGCGAUGUAAAAAGCAUUCUCACCAGAGCAUUCUCAAAUUACACUGAUUUCCAAACCUCCCUCACCGGAAAGCACAUAGCUAUUUCCGCCUACCUUGAUUCCAUCAAGGAUACGCAGGGGCCUCUUUGCACACUUUACCGUCACCUAACGAUCUACUUCAACGUCUGCCAUCUUACGCUGCCGAAAUCAAAAACAUAUCCUUGCACUAUUAGAGACAUCUGUGCUUGGAUUUGUGGGCUUCCAUAUACUGCCGUGUAUAAAAAUGUUAAAACGUACUGCAAUGAUCUACUUAACAACGAUGAGUCGUACAAGACAGAUGCCGUCCUGCAACCCAUCCUAUACGCCGACCUACCGUACAAUUUACGUCUAACUGCACAAGGUGCUUACAACGUACUCAUCACAAUAAGCGGCAACGGUCAAGGAGCAGAUAACGCCGACUAUCCUUAUGCCUGCAAUUACUGUGACAACUCGCGUAAUUUCUACUACCCUAGCAACGCCGCAGAACUAUUAGACAUGCUUAGAGAUGUAUGUAAACGUCUGUUGUCUUCAUUCUAUUUUCUAUACAACAAGUGCCAAUACACUGUGACCCAGGGUAACGGUUGGUCCGACUGUGACUACGGCCAUCAAGUGCCCGGUUAUUACUGGAAUUGCGAUCCAUCUAGCCAUAAGUCAAAUGCCCAACCAAACACUAAACCAAAGUGCUCACCAAAAGGCCAAUCAACGUGCCAACCAAAAUCGCCCCUGCAAGCUCACUUAACUGACAGCUUACCCGGCUGCCUGCCACAUAAAUUGAUGUCCGUUGGUUGUUCAGCUAAAUGUUCCACAUGUCCUACUAGCAAACCAGGCCAGCAAUGUAUUACUCCCAUGGGCUUUGGGGAUUUGUCGAGUUCUGCAUCUAUAACCGGCCGCGGUAAGGACAUAUGCAAGGUGCUGUAUGACUUUUGCGGCAAUGCCGCUUCCCCGUUACCAUCAUUACUCCGUUGCCUAUUGUCGGUGAAGCCUUCACCGCCUAGCAACUUGGGCGAUAUGUUAUCGUUCUUUAGCAGUCUGCUGCAGAGGUGGAAUGGCAAAGGAUACAGUCAUGAUACUGAAUACAAACACAGAAUUGACAGUUCCAUCAAUGCCAGUUUGCCGUUUCCAAAUGCGUUUCACGGAAGCUUCGAAGCGGAAAUGCUUACGAACACGCUUACAGCAUUCACUCACUCUCCUAAGGAUCACACCUUGUCCGAUAACAAGAGUGGACACUGCGAUAUUCAAAGCUUGACAACAGGCAGCAAAUGCUCAGCAUCAUAUACAUGCGCUCCGUAUAUUAAACCCUUGUGUUUCGACGCCUACCAUACCUUCUCUGCGAAGCACGCAAGACUAUAUAUAUCAUGGUUCUCGCACCUCGCUUGGACGUUCAAAGAGUUACUUGACUACCUACUCGAUGCGUUCAAAAGUGCGUCUUGUAAAUCCUCUGGAUGCAGUUCCUGUAAUUGUCCGUCCGGUAAGCAUGGCGACGUAAAACAUCCAUGUCACUGCUCAACUGUGGUCCAGUGUAGCAGUACAUCACCUAUGUUAUACAGCUAUGGAUUCGCAUUUGGUGACGCCUUGUCUCUUAAUGCAACAAAACAAACAACAAAAACAUGUUCAAAUUUCGUCAGCCAGUUGCAUCAGAAUAGAUAUGUAUCUAUUUGCAAUACGCAUUCCAUUCAUGAUAACGCUCCUCACCCUCUGGUCGCUCUCUUUGCUCUACCUGCUGCACAUCUCCGUCGUCCGCCUCGACGUCUUGAGGAUCCGCUCGCACCUGCGAUCGCUCUCCUCGCACCGCAUCGCCGCGCAGUCCCUCCUCGCCGCCGCACGCGUCAGGGCACUCGCCAACGUCAAGUACUUCUCACCAUAAUCGUGCCUUCACGUGUGAUCUGUGUAUCACUCACUCACAUACUCAACCACUCAACCACUCACCAACUCACCCACUCACUCACCCACCCACUCACUCACUCAGCCACCCACUCAACCACUCACCCACUCACUCACCCACCCACUCACUCACUCAACCACUCAACCACCCACCCACCCACUCACCACUCACCCACUCAACCACCCACUCACCCAACCACUCACCCGCUCACCUCCCUCCUUCACUGGUCGCUUCGCUCCCUCCUCUCCCCUCCAUCACCUCCUCCGUCGGCGUCCUUCCCCUAA